AUGAGGAGGGGAUUGCCGAAAAAAAAAAUAAAAGAGUAGUUUCCGACUGUAGGCUAUUUAUAUAAAAACUCACUGGAAAACAAUCCCACAGUAUGGCAUGUGAACCCCAGGAGGGGCUAAGGAGAAAUUACUUUCACUUUUGAGAAGCGGAUAACAUCUCAUUUCUCUGAAGCAUUUACUUUAAUAAAACUAAAGAUGAUUGCUUCUAAAUGGACCACGUCAUCUGGUUUUGGAAGUUGAACGUGUACAUCUGGUGUUAAAAACAGUAAUUCACUGUUGUCAGCAUGGACUUAUGUGAAACUGGAAAUCUCAGAAGGUGGUGGUUAUUUUAUUUCCUGCCUGUGUUUCUUUUAACAAAUGAAGUGUCUCUGAAGGAGACUGUUGUGGGUUUUAUUGGAGGCUCUGCUGUUUUACCUUGUUCUUUUGAAGAACCUCCGCUUACAAUUCAAGACAUAAAAGUGCUGUGGAGACACAGCAGCCAGAAUGUGUAUGACAUUAUUUAUGGUAAAGUCUCUGUGGAAGGACAGGAUCCACAGUACAGGAACAGAACUGAAAGCUUUCCUGAGGAGUAUCUGAGAGGAAACUUCUCACUCAAACUCAACAACCUUCAACACACUGAUGCAGAAAAUUACAAGUGUUACAUCAUAGCGGAAUCAGUAAUCAAGAGUGUUGAACUUUUGACUAAAGAGAGACCAGAAAGACAACUCCCCAAUGAAGGAACAAAACCAAGACCAGAUGUGAUUGUAAUGAUCAUUUCUUUUCUGUGUAUUGGCAUUAUAGUUUCAUUGGUUAACUCUGCCACAGCGUCUUUUUAAGGGUUUUUUGUCAUCGCUCAUUUCACAGUUCCUAUACUCGACGUCAUCUGCACAGGUUCCUGGGAAUGUCUGUAUGGCAUCUGUAGAUAUCAUCUUGUUGUUGUGCUCACCCUCAUUAAUCUACUGAACCCAUCAAAACUUUUUCCACAGUGGUGCAAAUGCCAGCAUGCAUUGACAAUGUAAAAGCUCUCUAUUAUAGAUGACCUACUGUGGUGGAGGUAGAAGU